AUGAAUCUGAUGCGCACCCUCAAGACAGCGUUGGCAGACUACGGAAACACGGAGGAAGCUGUCAUGCUCUGGUGUGCCUUUUGCAUGGCUUUCUUCGGCUUGUUGCGCAUCAGUGAAAUCGUCAGCAGAUCGCACCGCGCCUAUGACGCGCCAUCAACUCUGACGCACAACGAUGUGCAGCUGCAGGACGGGCGAGUAAUCAUCCAGCUGAAACGGACGAAGACCGACCAGAGCGCCACGGGCGCAAAGAUUGUGCUGACUGCCACUCACCGCUCAGUGUGCCCUGUGCGCGCCGCGGAGGCCUUCUACCAACAGCGGAAAGCGCAAGGCAUGACGGCGAAGCCUUUUUUCUGUUAUGCUGACGGCCGAUACCUUACACGCGAGCGCGUGGACCGGAUUCUGAAGCUUCUCCUGAAGGGACAUCCCGAUUACCAGCGUUUCAGCACGCACAGCUUCCGUAUUGGAGCGGCAACAGAAGCAGCUGCCCUUUCAGUUCCGAAAGAAGAAAUCAAGCGGGCAGGACGGUGGAAGAGCGACUGCGUCGAACGAUACAUCCGUACUGACGCGAUAACCAAUCCAGAAUUUUACCGGAGGAGAGUUUGUUUGGGGGCGAAGGGACCGGGCACAGGCGGAAGGUGCCGACAGUGA